ACACUGCAACCUAAUAAGAAUACGCCUUGGUAACUGUGAACAGCAAUUAUCUUUUUAGAAGAGGAAGAAGUGUAAAUAAAUUUCUGAAAACUAGAAUAUUUUUUGAUUGUUCAAAAUGAUUUGCCGUCUGUGCUUGGAGGAAUCAAAUAAUAUUAUGUACGAAUUCUUUUAUGUGGAUGGGGAAACCGAAGUUGCUAAAACUGUUGCCAAAUACUUUAACAUCGAGGUCCAGGCCGGUGAUACUAUUUCUAACAAAAUUUGCGAAACGUGUUGGCAAACUUUAUCCGAUUUCCAUCGGUUUUGGUUAAGUAUAAAUGAGAAGCAAAAAACCCUUCAAACGGAUUUAGUUUGUACUGAAAUAAAACCGGACAUUGAUGCCCUUGAAACGAUAGAUUUCCCAGGAGCUAAUUUAAGCUCUCCCAUUGAUUCCAAAAGUAAUGAGUUGCGCGAGCCGGAAAUCGACAUGACCGUGUUACACCCUAAUGUGUUUGCAGAUGGACUAGAAUUUCAAGCAUCUAAAAUGGAAGAUUAUGAAACAUCAGUGGACCGGGAUUCAAUUUUUUCCCCAGUAUUGCCAUCGGACGAAGAUGGUAGGUACUUAUUCGUUUUAUCGAUGGCAAUUUUAUUACAAAUAUUAUUAGUUCCUCUGACCGAAUUAAUGAAAUCUGGAAGUAAAACCCGUAAAAGCACUAAAAGGAACCCAAAAAAGAUAUUAUCAAAAAGUGAAAAUGGAGUUGUAAAAAAAACUAAGAGUUCUACGAAAAGAAUUAAACCGAGUAUUGAAAUGAGAGACAGUGAACAGCUAAAGUUAAAAGAAAAAGAAAAGGAGGACAGAAAACAGGAUGCUCAAGAAUUUAUACGAGAAUUGGACGUAUUCAUAGCAGAAAACACACAAUUAAGUUGUUGCCUGUGUUCGGCACCACUUAAAGAUUUCAAUGAAUUGAAGAAGCAUUUUCGUCUGGAACACAAUUGUGUGGGAUAUGUUCCUUGUUGCAAUAAUCGUUAUCGGAAACGAACAUUAUAUGUAGAUCAUCUGAAACUGCACAAAAACCCAGACUUUUUCAAAUGUACCCUUUGUAAUAAACAAUUAGCCAGUCGGAACAACUAUCAAAUUCAUAUGGACACAAUACAUCCCGACGCUGAAAAAUUGUUUUAUUCCUGUAAAUUAUGUCCCCGCAAGUUCGUCAAACAAUAUAUUUUAGACUAUCACAUCAAGUCCAGCCAUACGACAGAACGUAAUUAUAUUUGCAAAACUUGUAACAAAGGAUUCACCCAAUCAGCAGUCUUAAGGCAGCACGAAAAGGCAGUCCAUUUGAAUACCUAUGACUCUGUAUGUGAUGUAUGCGGGAAGUGUCUUAAAACACAACAGAACCUCAUUACCCAUAUGGAAGCAAUGCAUAGCACAGUACCGCGUCCGGAAGAACAAUGUAAAAUUUGCCUGAAGUGGCUGAAAAAUGCACGCUGCCUAAGAAAACACAUGAUUGUACACCGUGAUCAAGCUUCCGGACAAGAAUUUAGGUGCACGCAAUGUGGUAUGGAAAAGGCGACUCGGCAUGCUCUUUCCGCGCAUAUACGGUAUUAUCACACAGAUAAAGUUUUUACAUGCGCAAUGUGUAACAAAGAAUUCAAAAAUUCACAGGCUUUAAGGGAGCAUGAGACAAUGCAUACUGGUACACAUUUAUAUACCUGUUCAUUUUGCCCCAAGACGUUCAGAUCGCAUGGUAAUAUGCACAAGCAUAAGGUCAAUAAUCAUUCUAAUGUAUAUGUGCCUCACCGGUCGCAACCAAACGAAGUUACUAAAACCCUCCUAAAUAGAUUAUCAACCAAUGGACAACCGAGUUGAAAUUAAAGGCAACUAUUCCAUGCGAUAUAGCGUUACCUUAAUUCACAAAGGGCCUAACCAACACUUUUUUUCGGAAUUUCAUUUUUCACAGACUUUGGUGGGAUGUAUUAAAAUACACCUUCAAAAAAACAACGGUGU